UAAGCAAAAAUAGUUAUUUUAUGUCACUAAAAUUAUUAAUUGCUGGUGCUUUGUUUCUUGUAGGUUUUGCAUGCUCUGUUGCAUCUCUGUAAAUACAAUAAAUAACAACAGCAUAAAUGCUUGGUUUCCAGUAUUCUGUUAGGAGAAAGCUUUUCACAAAUGUGUACAUUUAUGUUAGCCAUAUGGACUUGUUUAUUGGCACUAAUGUUGUGACAGUGACUUUAGGUGGAUAUGACCUCUCUAUGAUGUGUCCUCCUUAUGUCCUUGUGAUAAGUAUCACUUAUGUGCUGUGGUAAGUGUGUAUCCUUUUGUCCUAGUCUUUUAAAUACCAUCUCCGUUUCUUUGGCCCAGGGGUAGAGAACAUGAUAACCAGUUUCUUACUGUAAAUGUGUCAGCAAAUUAGAUAUUUCAUAAGAUUCAAUGUAUUGAGGUUGCUAAUAGUAAAGAGAACUAUGCUUAAGCUAACAUAGCACAAUUUUAUAAUAAUAAUAAUAUGGGUAGCACUUAACACAUUUAAUAUAUUUUAGAACUAAGAACAUUCUUGCUUAUAGACUGACCAGGAAAAUAACCAACAAUGAAUAAAUAAAUGGGUAUCUGAAUAACACUAUGUAAAAUUUCCUCUAAGGUAAGUAUGGAUUUAAAAUCAUAAAUUCUAAAAACUGCCAUUGAAAAAUACUGUACCGCUUCUCCCGGCUGGAGGCUGCUCAAGAGCUGCGGUUGGGUCACCGCUUCAUGUUUCUCUGCCGAUUCUCGGGAAAGAUGGCAGCUAAUGAUGCUGUUCGGAAGAGGCUGGAGCAGAAGGGUGCAGAGGCGGAUCAGAUCAUCGAACAUCUCAAGCAGCAGAUUGCUCUUCUUAAGGAGAAAGCAAUUUUGCAGGCAACAUUGAGAGAAGAAAAGAAACUUCGAGUUGAAAAUGCUAAACUGAAAAAAGAAAUGGAAGAGCUAAAGCAAGAGCUGAUUCUGGCAGAAAUUCAUAAUGGAGUGGAGCAAGUACGUGUUCGAUUGAGUACUCUGCUGCAGACGAAAUGUACUGCUUCUGAAAGUGUGGUGCAGUCUCCAUCAGUAACACCCACUGCCUCUUCUGCUACAAAAGAACAGNUCAAAGGGGGAGAAGAAAAGAAGGUAAAAGAGAAGACUGAGAAGAAAGGAGAGAAAAAGGAGAAGCAGCAGUCGGCAGCAGCAAGUGCUGACUCCAAGCCUAUGGAUGUGUCGCGCCUGGAUCUUCGAAUUGGUUGAACUGUUACUGCCAAGAAACACCCUGAUGCAGAUUCACUGUAUGUCGAGGAAGUUGAUGUGGGAGAGGCAGCCCCGCGCACGGUCGUCAGCGGGCUGCUGAAUCAUGGUCCUCUAGAACAGAUGCAAAAUCGGAUGGUGGUUUUACUCUGUAAUCUAAAGCCUGCAAAGAUGCGGGGAGUUCUGUCUCAAGCCAUGGUGAUGUGUGCCAGUUCACCAGAGAAAGUGGAGAUUUUGGCCCCUCCCAACGGGUUCGUUCCUGGGGACAGAAUUACUUUUGAUGCUUUUCCUGGCGAGCCCGACAAGGAGCUAAACCCUAAGAAGAAGAUCUGGGAGCAGAUCUAGCCUGACCUGCACACCAAUGCUGAGUGUGUGGCCACAUACAAAGGAGCUCCCUUUGAGGUGAAGGGGAAGGGAGUUUGCAGGGUCCAAACCAUGGUCAAUAGUGGAAUUAAAUAGGUGCUCUGUAACUGAAAGACAUUGGCAAAACCUUAAUAACAAUAAAGAGAAGUGUGUUUAUCACUUAAAAAAAAGAAAAAAAAAAAAAAAAAAGAAAAAUAGUGUACCAGAAAAGUUGUUUUUAGAAUAGGAGAACUUGAAACUUUUAAAGAAAAGUACAAACUAAAGUCAGUCAUGUGACGCACACUAGUAAUGGAGACUCCCACAACCUCACAGAAGCACAGGCAAGAGUCAGCAUAGAAAGAGCAGAUGCACGAGGAAAAAUAGGUAAAGGCCACUUACAUCUCACUCUGUAAAUAAGCAAACCCCUAAUGUGUGUGAGGGGAAAACCAAAACCAAAACAAAAGAGAACUUGAAACAACCAGAAAACAGUCUGCAGAGCUACAAGCAGCAGCAAGGUUUUCUCAGUAAUAGCACUAAGUGCACUACCACAUUCCCUAUGAAAACAAACAGUGGGGUGGCUGCAAAAACAAACAAGAUACAAUUGUUUGUUGUCUGUGAGAACGGAAAACAAAGGAGUCAGAGUCCCUGUGCCAGGCGAGAGGAAGCUUCACAAACAGCACAGGUGCACACGUAGCUUAUAAAGUACUAAAGUUGUCAGCAAG